GCGCUCCCGAGAAGCUCGUGUUGAGCCGAAGAGUCAAGGCAAAAGCAUCAAAACGCACCAGGACUAGGAGGAGAGCUUUCCUCUGGGAAAAAAAAACCCAACAACACGGGAGAAAUUCCUUAAAAUGACAGCGGAGUGAGGAUAAUGAGAGCCGUUAUCGCUUCACAGGAAGGUCAUUAACGAGAAAACAGAAGCAGUGCGCAGACUAUACGGAUAUUUGGAGUACAUGCAUACCCGACUGCAAGUGAAGACCCCGAAACAGUGAAACAUUGUCCCGGCUUUUUUAUUUCCAGCAAAGCAAGGCAUGGGGGGAUUUACGUCUCGACAAGGCAGCACGGGAUAGAAGAUCAGACGAGCGGAGAGAGGACAGUGAAUAAGGACCUCACUGCUGAGAGAGCGGGAAAACUGCGUAACUGUGACUGUUUCUCCUCGUCUGUAAGCCGGCAGGCUUCAGUAUCACAGCUGAUGACUGUCCCUCAGGUGGUUGGACUGCAGGGCUGAGCAGGAAGCCUGUGUGUUUGCUGUGGGGGUGCCCCGGCUUGUAUGUUGGUCACUUGCAGUUGCACUCGCUCACAAGGACCAUGUGGUUUUCUCCAAGGAGAAGUCGUCUCCCCUCGCAGAACUGGCAUGGUGCCUACAGUUGCACCAAUUUCAGCGUGUCCUUGUGGGUAUUAAGUUUUUGUUGGUGCUUUGCGGCCGUGAGAGGUCAGAACUACCACCCUACUGUGAAUACACAGUAUGGGAAACUCCGAGGGGUGAGGGUGCCCCUGCCUAGUGAGAUUCUGGGGCCAGUGGACCAGUAUCUUGGGGUUCCGUACGCUGCCUCCCCGGUGGGAGAAAAACGCUUCAUGCCGCCGGAGCCUCCUUCGUCUUGGUCAGGGAUCAAGAAUGCCACUCACUUUGCUCCUGUCUGCCCCCAAAAUAUACACAACGCUGUGCCAGAGAUCAUGAUGCCAAUAUGGUUCACCUUCAACCUGGAUAUAGUUACUACAUACAUACAGGAUCAACACGAGGAUUGUCUUUAUCUAAACAUCUAUGUUCCAACUGAGGAUGUCAAAAGAAUAUCCAAGGAAUGUGCCAGGAAACCCAACAAGAAAAUGUGUAGAAAAGGAGGGGCCCAUGCAAAAAAACAGGGCGAGGAUUUAUCGGAUAACGACGGUGAUGAAGAUGAAGACAUACGAGAUACUGGGGCCAAGCCUGUGAUGGUCUACAUCCACGGAGGAUCCUACAUGGAGGGGACGGGCAACAUGAUCGAUGGGAGCGUCCUGGCCAGCUACGGAAAUGUCAUCGUUAUCACUCUCAACUACCGUGUCGGAGUCCUCGGCUUCCUCAGCACUGGCGACCAGGCUGCUAAAGGAAACUACGGGCUCCUGGACCAGAUCCAGGCUUUAAGGUGGAUCAGCGAGAACAUUGGCUUCUUCGGCGGAGACUCCAACCGCAUCACUGUGUUUGGUUCUGGGAUUGGAGCUUCCUGCGUCAGCCUGCUCACCCUCUCCCACCACUCUGAAGGUCUGUUCCACAGAGCCAUCAUUCAGAGCGGGUCAGCUCUCUCCAGCUGGGCGGUAAACUACCAGCCGGUAAAGUAUACACGUCUCUUGGCGGAGAAGGUGGGCUGUAAUGUCCUAGACACCUUAGACAUGGUGGACUGUCUGAGGAAGAAGAGCUCCAGGGAGCUGGUGGAGCAGGACAUACAACCAGCGAGGUACCACGUGGCCUUUGGACCUGUAAUUGAUGGUGAUGUCAUCCCUGAUGACCCCGAGAUCCUGAUGGAGCAGGGCGAGUUCCUCAACUACGACAUCAUGCUGGGGGUUAACCAGGGCGAGGGGCUGCGGUUUGUGGAAAACGUGGUGGAUUCAGAGGACGGUGUGUCUGGAAAUGACUUUGACUUCUCUGUGUCAGACUUUGUGGAUAGUCUAUAUGGGUACCCAGAGGGCAAGGACACCCUGAGGGAGACCAUUAAGUUCAUGUACACAGACUGGGCAGACAGAGACAAUCCAGAGACCAGGCGCAAGACGCUGGUGGCUCUUUUUACUGACCACCAGUGGGUGGAGCCAUCAGUGGUGACGGCUGAUCUCCAUGCUCGCUACGGCUCACCCACCUACUUCUACGCCUUCUACCACCACUGCCAGAGUCUGAUGAAGCCAGCCUGGUCAGAUGCCGCCCACGGGGACGAGGUGCCCUAUGUUUUUGGAAUUCCUAUGAUUGGUCCCACUGACCUUUUCCCCUGUAACUUCUCAAAGAACGAUGUCAUGCUCAGUGCUGUGGUCAUGACCUACUGGACCAACUUUGCCAAGACUGGCGAUCCCAACAAACCGGUUCCCCAAGACACCAAGUUCAUCCACACCAAGGCCAACCGUUUUGAAGAGGUAGCCUGGUCCAAGUACAACCCCCAGGACCAGCUCUACCUGCAUAUCGGCCUGAAGCCACGUGUCCGUGACCACUACCGCGCCACCAAAGUGGCCUUUUGGAAACACCUAGUGCCCCACCUAUACAACCUCCAUGACAUGUUCCACUACACCUCCACCACCACCAAAGUGCCCCCGCCAGAGACCACCCAGAACACCUUGUCCACCAAGAGGCCCAACGGAAAAACCUCCUGGCCAUUCAACACCAAGCGGCCUCCCAUGUCUCCGGCUUACAACAGUGAGGACAAAGACUCUUGGAACGACGACGAGGAGACGGGGCCACUGGUGGUGGAGAACCCGCGGGAUUACUCCACAGAGUUGAGUGUCACUAUUGCUGUGGGAGCCUCACUGCUGUUCCUCAAUGUGCUGGCUUUCGCAGCCCUCUACUACCGCAAGGACAAGCGGCGGCAGGACUCCGGCCAUGGGCAGCCCAGCCCGCAGCGCCAGACCACCUCCAACGACAUUGGCCACCACGCGCCGGAGGAGGAGAUCAUGUCGUUGCAGAUGAACCAGACACACCAUGAGUGCGAGGCAGGGAACAGCAACGAGGGGGCACUGCGCUUGGCCUCGCUGCCCGACUACACGCUCACUCUACGGCGCUCUCCGGACGACAUUCCCCUCAUGACCCCAAACACCAUCACCAUGAUUCCCAAUUCCCUGGUGGGCAUGCCCAACCUGCACCCAUACAACACUUUCACAACCGGCUUCAACUCUACCGGCCUGCCGCACUCCCACUCAACCACCCGCGUAUAGCUUUAAGGAGGCCAGGGGCAGCCAGCGCAGGCGGGGGAGGAGGCGGUGGUGGUGGAGGAGGAGGAGCAGGAGGAUGAACGAACGGAGGAGAGGAUUGUGUUUUAUAAAUAUCACAGGGAGAGGGAGGGCUGCAAGGGGGAGGGGAGGGGAAGGGCAUGAGUCGGAUUAAAACGUGAAGAGAUUUAACUAGACUUUUACUACGAGGAGAGUUGCUGAGAGCUCUCUAUGGAUGUCAAGUUGUGCAGAGCUGCCAAAAUCAAACUGCUUCCCUUCUCCUGAUCGGGGGAGGGGGUCUUUCUGCAGUGUUUUUUUCUAAAAUAAUCAUUUUAAAAGCCUUUUUAAGCAGACUGAGGAGAUAUCAACACUUUUUUUCUUGAAUUCAUAACAAAAACAAAGAGAAGUGCUUUUUAUUUCCCAUCCCUUCCUCCUGCGGGAGACACAUCUCGAACAAUGGCCUCUACGUCAAUAUUCGCAAAAUGUUUUUAAUUGCUUCUUUGUUUUGUUUUACGUUUCAAUGCCUUACAAAGCUUGUUCUUUUUGUCUUUAUUUCUAUUCCCUGAGACUAUUCCAAGUGGAGUGUGUUACAAGCCGAUGAGACUCAAAGAUGAGAGACUGAAUCCAGGAUGGGAACCUAGAGGAUAUGCAGAUGUAGAGAUUUUAAACCCAUUUUGGGCAACUCAUUUUUUCUUUUCGUUGCGUACCAACACAACAACCACACAAAUGGUGUUAUCUUUUUUUAUCUCGUAUAGAAAUAAUUUGUCUGGGACAGCUCUUGCCGGAAGAUGAGAAGGCAGAGAUAAAUACUAUGUUACUGUGAUUGUUUUGUUAAGAAAAAAGUGCAUCUUUUACAGCCAAUUUAUCUGUUAAGCUAUCUGAUAUUAUCUCCACAAAGUGUGCACGUACACAUGCUGCUUAGAGCACCUGUGUGUUUGUGUGCAUGUGAAAAUGAUCUAUCGUUUCUUGUGUGCAAGCGUGGUUAAGAGGAAGAGACACAUUGUCGGAACUUGCAAAAGCAAGAGCGGUGAGGGAAUGAGUCUGUAUGUGUGAGUGAGAGAGUGUGUGAAAGAAUGUAUGUAUGUGUGUGUGUGUGUGUGUGUGUGUGUGUGUGUGUCCGUGCACCUGUUUUUUUGUUUGUAGGUUGUAUAAUGUGGUUUUUCGGGGGGGGCUGAGUACCUUCUCAUGUUGUUGAUUUUGGUUCACCACCAGUAGUGUUUCUGCUGCGUCUCUGGGUGUCUGUCUUUGCGAAAUAGCACUUUUGUUAUUUUCAAAGUUAUAUAUGUCUAAUUUUGCUUAAAGAUUACAAAAUAAAUCUAUUAUUUUACGUGUAAGAGAAAAAAAAUAGCUAAAGAUUCAACUGAACUAACUGACAUGAUUCCAUUGACUUUGUAAGAGAUCCUCUUCAAAAGCAGACAGUGGCCUGUUUGCACUGAAUAAACCUACAUCAGUGCACACUUGUAUUUCUUUGAAUAUAUAUAUAUAAAUAUGGGCAUACAUACAUAUAUGUAUAGGGCUUCUAUGGAGAUAUCACUCCCAUUUAAAAAACAAUUAAAAUACUGUUCAGACUACAAAGCACCAAGACAAAUAAUUUCUAUGUAUUGUUGUUGUCAUUUGAAACAUCACACUAAGCCAAGACCGCUCUAGGUGUCUUUGUAAGAGCUCUAUAUGUAUAUUUAUGUAUAAAAUAUUUAAUAUUUAUUUAUGUAUACCAGAUGCAUACAUGCUGAUUGUGCCAUGUGCCAAAUUAAAACUGUAAAAAAUGAAGAAUAUAAAGUUUCACAAAACUUUUUUUCUCUCUUGAUCAAAGUUAUUUUCCUCCUUUUUAUGACUUUUUAUUAUUUCCAUUUUGAAUGAGUUAAAAAAGAAAUAUUCUUGCAGCAAGUGCACUCUCCCCCCAGGACUUCCUGUCUACCCCCCUCCUCCUUUCUCCCCUCCUCCUCCUCCUCCCUCUCUCCUUUUCUCUCGCUGAAACCUUUGAGAAAAACAGGCUAACAGCUUGGGGCCUAUCUGCGUGCGUAACUCCAGAUUUUGCUGUAAUUCAUGCAAAGUAGUGCUGCAGCAAUGGGAUAUUGUAAGAAGAUUGCCUUGAUGUACUCACAUUGCAUUCUAUUAUAUGUUAUUCUCGGGGAGAAAACUGGAGUUAUUGAUUCUGCGAGUAAAACUGACAAUUUUCAUUAAGUAUCUUGGCAUAGUACAGAUUGUCUAUUGCGUUACAGCGCUGUACAGUAAUGCGACCUGACCAGUGAUCCCAGAUCAGUGUUUUACCAUUCUUAGAUACUUCAUGCACAUAGACCUUAACAUUUUUAUGAAGUAUUCCAUUACAACUUCCCCUAGUAUUUAAUGAUUGGAGAUGCAGCAGAGCAAGAAGCACAGUCUGGUCAGCUCAUCACUGAUCCUGCCAGUAGAAGAAAGAGAGAAGGGGUUAUUUGAGGCAAAUUGCUGGGAGACUGAUCUAUAUGAGUCAUCUUGUUUUUGCUCAUCCUGCCUUAUAUGGGGCUCACCUUCUAAUCAGUCACCCUCUUCAACUGAGCCGCAGCCACUAAGAAUGAAACAAGCAGUUGGUUUCUACCUGGAGCUGUCUGAUACAUACAGAAAUGUUUAAUAAUGCCUCUGUGCUUGUGCUUGUGUUAGGAGUAGACUAUGCAAAUAGUUAGACUUGUUUCAGUAGCAAUAAUAUCAGUGGUGCUUUGUUUUCUGGCAUAAGAUGAGCGCAAAUUUUUUUUGCACUCCUGAAGUACAUGUGAGCUGUUCUUAAUGGAAUGUGUCCUUAAAAAUUUGAUUCACCCAAAUUACCUAAAAAUAUUUUUUUUUUUUGUUUGUUUUUUUAUAUUAACUGACCUAUUGUGGCAUCUAACCAUGCCGAUAGUUCUAUUAGUUAGAUAGUUUUAUUUGUCAAGGUUUUGAGAAAGUUGUUUCUUUCUGCGGCCUCGCUAAUACAAUGAAAGUGAAUGGAAUUUCAUUUGAGGUGCUCACAGCACAUUUUUUUAAAAGUCCAAAAAUAUGACAACUAUUUCCAGAAAAAUUAAAAACAUCCUUGUUACAACAGACAAUCCAGAGAACACUCUCCUCUAACUUUUGUUAGGGACUAUUUCUUUGUUUGAAAGUAGUCCAAUAAAAAAGGUGGUGGAAAAGACAAGUUGCUAUUGAAUUCUUUAAAGCUAAUUUAAUCAGUAUUUUUAUUCUGACAAUGGUUCAAAUGACUGGUUCAAGGGGUUGCUCAUAGACUCUGCAGUCCUUUAUCAGCUCACUUUAAUGCUAAAGUUGUUCUGUAUCUGCUGGGUGUGUAAAUAAGCUACUGUUUAGCUAAUAAGUUUGCCAUGUCAACCGAAAAGGUGACAAUAUGUCAGUGUUAUCAAACCAAUAAUUUUAAUGUUGUUAGCACCACAAACUUUUUCAUCCCCCAUUUCAUGCAGUAAAUAUUUAUUAUUUAUUAGAAGCAAAAGCAAUCCGCUGCUGAGGCCCAUACGAUGUGGCUGAAACCUCCUGAUUUGUUUGUCUGUAAUUUGGGUGAACUGACCCUUUAAGACACGAUCUGAAUUAAAGUAGACUGUCCCCUCUUCUGAUCCGUCUGCAGUGGUGGGAGGUCAGUUUCCACUGGCUCCGACAAACACACACACAUGCACAUACACAUACAGUGGCACAGGGCUAAAAUUGAGUGGUGAAGUUGAGAGUGAACUAUCAAAGGGAAGAAAUGUCAUGGGAGGGCAACUUGUUUUUUGCCAUGUAAUUUUCCCAUAUGCCGGUAAAGCAGAACAGAUGUCACUGAGUAUUGGCAGGGGUAGACCUGGUGGCCUCAGGGACACAGUUUGGGAUACAUGGCUCUGUGAAGAGCCACAUAAUUAAGUGCCGGACCAAAGGGAAAGACCAUGGAAAGUGCAGUAGUGUUGUGCAGCAAGAGAAAACGGGGUCAAACUCCUUUAGCAAUCAGACACCUGAUGGCCCGAUGAAAUUAGUCCAAACUUCCUGUGACAAGAGUCACCACCAGUAGAAAGAUGGGACAGUUAUGAGCCAAACACUUUUCCACAGACAAGAUUUGUUUGCAGUUCAGUGAGUGUGUUUCGAAAGUGACAUCAUUCAAAGAUUGGCUGGAAUACCCCGAUGGGGUUUGUGACUGCCUCGACAGCACUGAAGACAAACCCAGCCUAGGAAAUGGAUGUGCCAAAUUACACAGUGCCACCCGCUGGGAGAGAGCUGCAGGUGUGUGUGUGUGUGUGUGUGUGUGUGUGUGUGUGUGUGUGUGUGUGUGUGAUAGAGAGUCCGUGUGUGCAGUAUGUGUGUGCAGAUAUUGAGAAUUUUAUUUCUACCACAGUGAACGUGUUGUUACCUAUAUUUUCUCUCACCCUUUCCCUCACCCUCAUUUCUCUCUUCCUGUGUCUCAUCCGUCUUUGCUCUCUUCUUCCUUUUUUCAUGCAGGUUUUUUUAUCCUCCCUCGCACAAAACGCAAUCUGAGCAGCUCUACCUCUGUCUCGCACAGACAUGACUUGCUCAUUUUCUCUUUCUUCUCCUUGGCAAGUGCCAUAAUCUUGACUACUUGCUCAUUUCAAAUCAUUUAAGGUGUAAUUUUCUUGAGUUACUAUGUUUCUCUAUGGACUAAGAAGCUAAUUAACAUUACUUAUUGGGAAGCAGAGUAGAACCAGUCACUGAACCAAAACUCUUGUAGUUUAAAUUUAAAUAGCCUGUUUUUCUCCAAAGGGAAAUCAUCAUGCAUUUUGUCAAAACAUCAAUAAUCUAUUAUUUCCAUGUGAAAAAUGCACUCUUGACAAUUUUCUUUUGUAUCCACAGAGUAUAAAGACAUCAUUGGCAUAUGUUUCAGGUUUCAUAACAAGGAGCAUCAUGCACUACAGCUUUUAUGGUUGCAUCAAACCCAGAUACUGUUACUUAUUUUUCACUAGAACCUAGGACUGAAAUCAACAAAACCAAUGGUCUUUGAGCUCAAAUACAUCAUGAUAAAUCUCUGUUCUUUCAGUGUCAUUGUACAGAUUACUAAAGAUGCCCUGUUACUUCUAUGUUUAUGUCCAUAGAAUGUAUUUAUAAUCGCGCAAACUGGAGUAAUCAAAAUAAAAUAUCUAUUCUUUCUGUA